CCAGGAUUUUUGAAUGUAAAAAGAGGUGACUGUUAAAUGUCCUUCCUUCAUAAUAAUCUUUAAAAUCAGCUUCUUUUUCUGUGAUUUCCUGUAGACUUCUCCUGUCAGGUGUGCUGUAUUUACUGAGGGGAAAUGGUCAGCUUCAGCAAGUCUAUUCAUGUAAUUAAGUCUGUUUCAGCGGUUUGGCAGCUCACAGCUGCUCUAUAGAACAGACACCUUCACUGUUCUGAAAUACAGAAAGAAGACAGUGAAGUCAGAAAGGAACAUUCGUAUUUUUCCAGAGAAAAUCGGCCUAAAUAACCAAACAGCACUCACUGAACUUUGCAUUGACAGAUGGCCUGAGGAGGAGAUUAGAUGGGAGAUAAAUAUGAAUGCGCGUUUGCAUCGGAAUUAUCAGAAGACGCCGGACCUGCUCGUUCGCUUAAGUGCGUCACGUGCUUGGGUUUCGGGUUGCUUGCGCUUUUCUUUCUUUUUAAAUAACUUCCCCACACGCUGUUCUCUUGACAGCGAAAUAUGAUUUAAUGGCUCGUGCUUUCAGGUGGCUGAAUGAGCGGAGGCUCAUUUGGUGCUGAAAGUGUUCACCUGCUGAUUUCCUUUUCUUUGUUUCUUUUCUUUUCUUUUUUCUUUUUUCCCCCUUUGAAACAGCGUGAGGCUGAUGGUUGGCGGUGCCGCUCAGGUGAACUUUCUCUGCGUGUACCAUUAACAACACGCGCACGUGCUGCAUCACAUUCCAUCCGCCCCUGGAGCACGUGCCAUGUUCCCACAGCGCUUACAUUUAGAUCAAACUGUCGCGUGGACUCCCUGAGAGUCAACCUUCACGGCAGUCGUCAGCCCUCUUGCCCGUGGCUUUAGAUGUGAUAUGUGAUCAGGUGAGAUACCAGAUGUGAUAACACUGUUAUCUGUGAGCCCAUCAUGCGGGCUGAGGAGCAGACAGGUGACAUUUGGACGCAGGCGUGCUCGCCUGAUAAGGCUCCGUGGCCGGUGUUUAUUAAGAGGCAGCCACCUUCCAUCGACCCCCCGCUCGGGUCCUAAUGAACGGGCGUGUUACUCUCGCUCGUCGCUAAUUUAGGAAUGACGCAGCUGAAUUAGCAGACUCUGUGCUUGGCGCUGCGCCCCUGUGCGCGCGCGCCGAAGCUGCUACGCGCGAGCCCCCGCCACGCUGCAGAGAGAGAGAACCAGUGAAGAAGAAAUUGAUCAUCUGACAGCCGGUGUGUUCGCGAAACGCCAUGCAAAGAAAAUACACAAGAGUGAAUGUGUCUGAGUGGUUUAUUUCAUGUGACAUUUCGCCGCCGAUGUGCGCUCAUUGCCUUAUAAGGAAAGACAGUCGUGCCUUUCUGCAAUAGGCCGAGCGCCGCAGCCUGCGGUAACCCUGCACUUUAACCCUUCAGCUGCUGAAUUUUAUUUGGUCCAAGCGAAUGAAACAAUGCAACGAGGGAUGGUUGGACAAUUUCACGUUUUUAUUUUGAGAGCAACACAUCGAAAUCGCGCCCACGCUGCAGAUAUAGGCGUAAUGAAUAACAAUUAACAGCUGGUUAUAUGAGCCAGUGGCAGUUAACACCUGGACGCGCGAUUUGUGAGCCUGUUCUUUGUCCGCCAGCAUUUUGAAAUAAUUUGUACUCGAGCGCAACCGUGUGCGCAGGGAUUUUCUGGCGAAUCUGAAGGUUUUGUCUGAUCUGUAGAUCAGGCCUAAGCUGGUUCAUUCCGUGAGUCAUGUCUGCGCGCUCUACGUGCCGAGUGAUAACGGAACCGGCUGGUGCCUGUCCUUUCGGGGGCACCGCAGUCAGAAAUAACCCCACUGGAGUCAAAGCCGGCGGGGUUGGAGGAUGCUGACCUACAUCGGCCGCCACACAACCAGGGGGCUAUCUCUUAACACCGCGAAAUCCGCCAGAAAAUCCCCGCGACACGGUGCCAUCUGAGAUGUCAUCUCGUUGUGUGACCUUGACUCAGAGAGGAUAUGGAAAUCUAUUCAUUGUAAUGCGCAUAACAGCGGCCGAGCUCUGGCCGCAAUUUAACUUCACACGGGCAAUGAUUCAUGGCGCAUUAUCAUCCAACAGAGGCGGCUCUAUCCGAUCCUUUAGAGCCAUCGGGUGGAAUUUGUUGUCCUAUUUCACCAGGAUUCCCCGUGAUAGACGAGGCCUUGUUAUGUUGGCGGUGAUAAAUCAGUGUCUAACAGGCUCUGGCCCUGACGUUGGUUGGGCCUGCCGUGAAUUUUUUUUACAUGGAAGAAUUCGUUUUUGUGGUAUUGGUUGUUCAGAAUGACAAGUAAACCCAGCGCGAUGAUGCGCCCCGGCUCAUGAAUACAUGUCGGGCCGCUCUGUGGGUGGUGCUCAGCACACAGCAAAAUAUGUCCAAUGACGCCAGCCUGCUUGUGUGUUAUUCAAAAUACAGCAGCGAGCCGAAGGCCUCGCCGUGCUGCCACAUUUGAGUUGGUGAGCAGCACACUGAGGCCAUCACGGUCCGGAAUGAAACACUCUUCUUUCAUAGCACCCUCUUGCAGUUAGAUCUCGCCUCACAUGCAGCCACACAGGAGGGAGAUGUGUGUCGUUCAGGGUCUCACCUCAGCUCGUACUUUGGAGAACUGCAAGUCAUACAUUGAUUUAUCGCAAAUUGAAUCGCUUUCGUCCGGAUAGAAGAAAGAAUAUUUCUUAUGAUUAUUACACGUGAUCGCAUUCCUGAGUAGUUUGACGUAUAUGUGGGUUUUUAUUUACAACAAGACAAAGGGUGUCAUCAAACACCAGUACACUUUCUUAGACACAGAGAGAAAACUGAGUGACUUAAAAUGGUACAAGUCCGGACGCCCUUUCUUAUACACGUGUGAUGUAUUGCCACAGCAAAAAAGAAAAGGCCAAGUGUAUGUUAAUUAAUAAGGAUUAAUAAGCUAUGUAUCGACAGAAAUGAAAGUUGAAACAUGAGUUCACGUACAUUUAAAAAAUACCACGAUACAAAUGUAAAGCUCAAAUAAAACCCAGCUAAAGUAACGAGUAAUUAUUUUUAAUUUAACAGACUACAAACCGUUGUUGCAAUGGAUUCCAUACCCCACAUUAAAUGUCACACCUAGCUGUUUCAGUUUGAUAGAAACACGGACCAUUCCCGUAUGACUAAGAGUUCUGUUACGUGUUCAUACCCGAUUGCAGUCGUGAUUCCCCUUUGUUCCGACAGCGCCUGAAAGCGGCGCGGGAACAGCCCCCGCCCCUAUUACCUCCCCCUCGUCUGACGUCACGCCAACGGCUAUUUGCAUGAAGUGUUUUCUAGCUGCGGCUCCAACUCGCCUGCAGAACGAGUCUCUCCGAGGGGGGAAAGCGAGGGAAGAGUCGCAGUGAAAAUAGGAGGAGGAGGGGGGCUCUUGUGUUUCACAUCAGAGGAGCAGCAGGGAGAAAAAAAAAAAAACGUCCCGAAAGCGAGGAUAAGGUGUCGGAUAGCGAAAGCAGAGGGAAAAUCGACAAGAAGAGCCGCUUCUCUCGCAUCGGAAAAUGGAGCUACCCGCCGCGGGAGAGCACGUCUUUGCGGUGGAGAGCAUCGAGAAGAAGCGCAGCAGAAAGGGGAGGGUUGAGUAUCUGGUCAAGUGGCGAGGAUGGUCUCCAAAAUACAACACGUGGGAACCAGAGGAAAACAUCCUGGACCCAAGGCUGCUGGAUGCUUUCCAAGACAGGGAACGUCAAGAGCAGCUGAUGGGAUAUCGCAAGAGAGGACCCAAGCCCAAGCACCUUCUGGUUCAGGUUCCUUCUUUCGCCCGGAGAUCCAGUAUUCUGGCUGACCUCCAUGAAGCGUCCCUGGAUGAGGACAGCUGUCAGAAAACCGGCCCCAUCCAGAUGCUCCGUCCCCAGGGCCAGCAGUACCAGCUGAACAGCAAGAAACACCACCAGUACCAGCCACUGUGCAGGGAGCGUGAGACCGAGCAGCAGGCCAACGGCAAGAAGUUCUACUAUCAGCUCAACAGCAAGAAGCACCAUCACUACCAGCCGGACCUCAAGGUGCAUGAGCCCAUCUUUGCUAAACCUCGAGAGGUUAAAGCUCCAGAGCUGGCCAACAAGGGGUACAACCUCCCCCCAGUGCUGCAGCAAAAGUGGGUCCGGGACAAGGACUCCGGCUGCCUGACCAAAGUCAAGGAUAUUACGAUGGAGCUGAAGAAGCUUCCAGCAGAUCUCAAUUGCCACAAAGAUCCAGAGAAGGUCAAACCUAAAGAGGACGCUUCACCACAGUCUAACGGUGUCAGCAACAGCAAGCUAAAGAUCGUGAAGAACAAAAACAAGAAUGGGCGAAUUGUUAUCGUCAUGAGCAAGUACAUGGAAAAUGGAAUAAAAGCGGCAAAGAUAAAAAAUGGAGAUUCUGAAACUGUGGAAAAGCCAUCACAAGGUAUUGACACCAGCUCAGAGAAGCACCUUGAGAAGAUGAGACUCGUCAAGAAGCUCGGCCUCAUGAAUGGAUUUGCAAAAACCCCCAAAGACAAACCAACUGUUCCCACUUCUGGAUUUAACAGGGAUUGCCCCAAAGAAAAGGACCAGUCCCCCAAAAUGGAGCCGACUGUGACGGAACAGGAUAAACAUGUCGAGGUCAGGGGUCAGGGGCAGCUUCCAGCGGAUCAGCCUUUACAAUUGACAACCAAGCCUAAUCUGCUCUCCCUGCCCUUGGAUAGGGGAGUUCCCUCCUCUCUGGACAAAAGAGGGAUCCAAGGUGGAUUUCAAGGACUGAAGCGACACCUCUCUGACACGGACGGUGAGGGACAUGGGAGUAGUAAGAGAUUCUUGAGUUCCAGGAGCAUCAGCACUCCUAGCGCUGCACCUUCACCCACCCAAAGCAUCAGCACCCACCAAAACGGACACCAGAGUCACGUUGAACUGCAGGACUGUGGGUAUGCAGACCAAGAGGAACCUAUGGACUUGAGCAUUGUCAAGUCCAGGCCUAAGGCUACUGAGGCUGAAACAUACACACAAGGGGAACCUGUAACACAAGCUGAAACACACACACAGGAUGAAACACACACACAGGAUGAAACAGACACACAAGCUGAAACACACACACAGGAUGAAACAGACACACAAGCUGAAACACAAACAGACACACAGACAGAGCCUCAGACUGAAACACAACAGACUACAGAGAAGGACAAAGUGGACACAUUGUCUAUUUCUAACCACGAAAAGGGAAAAGAGGAGACGUUUCCAUCUUUCCAGCCUUUCCUUGGGAAUAUAGUGAUCACAGACAUUACUACGAACUGCCUCACAGUCACGUUUAAGGAAUACGUAACGGCAUAACCGAUCUGGGUCCCAACUGUAUAAAUGUACAUGAGAUAUAUUUGUAUUUUCAGAUGCUUGAAUGUACAAAUGGAGCCUUGAUGUUGUUUUCAUUUUGUAUAGUUCCGUUGAAAGAAGAUCUUUUAUUGCGUUAUUUGCAUAUUUGUUCUUAUAAGCUCUACCUGUUGUUACUUCUGGAGACUUUAUCAAGUGCAGUAUCUAAUUUCAGCUAUUUCAAACUGAGUUUAAACAGCAAAAUUAGGUUAAAGACGCUCUUAACACUUGUAAAUACUCUCCACUUUUCUAUGGAUGUAAUUUGAUUAUACACUCAGCUGUCUGUCUCAGAUAUUGUUCAACAAAUGGAGGCUUUAUGGAGAAUUUUGUAAGGAAGAAAAAUUAUAUUGAAACAUGGUAAAUUACACUGUCUGUGCGUGCGUGUGUGUGUGUGUGUGAGCGAGCGUGUGUGUGUUAACAGAUGGACAGAUUUAAACAAGGAUGCAUGCUGCUUGGACAGAUUAUGCCAUUAGGCAUGCUUAAACAAGCGGAUAAAGAAAAAUGAAGCGCCUAUCUGUCGAUAAAUGAAAUUUGGAUUGCUGAAAGGGAAAAUGAGAUUGUUUUAAACUGAAAGAUUAUUAAUGGCUAAUGUUCGAUAGACGCUCUUUUCAUUUGAUCUCUGUUCACAGCUCAAGUGUUUGUUGAUUCAUGCAUCUCAAGGUCCGAUACAGAGCACAAGUCACUUGCGUUAAGACAGUCGAUUUUACAAUCCUGCGACUGUUCAAUUUUAUGUUUUGCAGGAACGCAGUGACUAAAAAUGCCAUUUUUCAUUUGAAUUAUAUCAGUCGUAAAUCUGUGUUAACACUGCCAGUUGAGCUGUGUAAUCCCACAGAUUAGUCCCACCAGCUGGGUGCUCUAUGAAUCAGUUUUUCAUGUUUCUGUUCUCUGGCACCCUGACAUGUUUCGCCGUUCUGUGCUGGAUUGAAAUCCCUGGCGUCACAUUUUUGACUAACUUUUGCAACAAAAGCACACAUUUUUUGUCACGAUCAGCUCUGUCCCCCUGUGUCAUACAUGCCCACCCCCCUCCAGCACUUUUUUGAUCUGAGGUGCAUUGACCUACUCUGUGAGAACGUUGAUCAGAUGCACUUUGGAUGUUUUGUGUGCAGACUUUAAAGAAAAAUACAUUUUAAAAAAUGACGGUUUCCAAUGGUACAUUUUGCAAUAAUAAAAUUGUUUGCAAGUG